CUGACAUGAAACUUAAUAUUUCAUAUAUUCCUGAAUUUAUCUUUAGCAAACAAACCAGACAAGAAAUUUCUCUCUUCCUGUCUACGGUCAUGAACCGCAAAGCUUUGUCUGCUCUAUCUCUUUGUUUGAUGUUUAAAACAUCCGAGGACGGCCUGCGCAUGUCUAAACCAUCUAGCAUUUAAUAAUGCCAGGGAGUUGAGAACAAGACUGAAGCUCGGAGGCAAACAGUAUCUCGGUCAGCAGAGGGGCGCCGAGCGCCCCCGCCCCUCUCAUCUGCGCCGUAGCGCUGCUGCGGUCUCCUUCAUCUCGAACAGGAACAGAAGUCGGACUCUCCGAGUUACGCUUCUCUUUAUCCGUGCCGGACCGUCUCUCAGCUCCUGCUGGGAGAGAAGCUCACUACGGAGCCCUGAAGGGGACCCCGGGCAAACAUGAAGGACCAGAACUGUACCGAUGAUAUAAAGAAGAUCCUGCAGGAGGCUCCUGCCGCACGGCAGACUCUCCUUGACAAUUAUAAUAACCUGCACAAGGUCGCGGAAUACUGCGAGCGCAACUAUCUGGAGGGCAAUGACCAUAAGAAGGCCUUGGAGGAGACCAGAGCGUACACCACCCAGUCACUGGCCAGCGUGGCCUACCAGAUCAGCACACUGGCCAGCAAUGUUCUCAAGCUUCUGGACGCCCAGACCACUCAGCUGAGCAAGAUGGAAUCCUCAGUCAACUUGCUGUCCCAGGUAGAGCCAACCGUGUGUCUCAUAAUGGCCAGUCAUGCGAAGGUCAUUUGUUCAUUCAAAUAUUCAGCAUGCAGGUUCAUACAUACUCACUGUUGUUAUAAACGAUGUUAACUGAAUAUUAACAAA